AUGGAAACUAAUAUAAAUGUAAUUUUAUACCAGGAUUUGCCUUGUUUUUUAUUAUUUACAUCUUUACAUUUAUUUUUACCUAAAAUAAUAGAAAUUAUUUUUAAAAAAAACAAUAUUGGAUUUUAUGAAAGAAAAAGAAUUGAAUGGCCAAACAGAAUUAUAUCAACAGUUAAUGCUAUAGUUACAUCAGCUUUAUCAAUAUAUUGUUUAUAUUAUAAUGAAUGGAUAGUGAAUUCACUUAGAAGUACAAGUGAAAUGAGUUAUUUCAUUUUUAAAUUCAUUACAUAUUAUUUUAUUUAUGAUUUUAUAAUUUCAUCUUAUUAUAGUAAAUAUUUAUUUACAUGGGGUAAUUUAUUACAUCAUACUAUUGCAUUAUUAUCAUUCACAUUUUUAGGAGGUAAAGGGUUAGCACAUCAUUUACUUUUAAGUUAUACAUUUACAGAGAUAACAACACCUUUAAUUAAUUUAAGAUUUUUUUUAUUGGAUUUAAAUUUAAAAAAUCAUCCAUUAUAUGUAAUUAAUGGGUUAUUAAUUUUUGUUGGUUUCGUUUUAUUUAGAGUUUUUUAUACAUCAGCAACAAUGUUUGAUGUUAUUUUCAAUCAACCACAUUACUCAAUUGAAACUGAUCCUUUAAUACCUUUUUUUAUAAAUUUUGUAUAUCCUGCAAUCACCCUUUUGAAUUUAUAUUGGACAUUUUACAUUUCAAAAUCCAUUUUCAAAUAUUUCACUACUUCAAAAAAUGAAAAUUCAAGAAUAAAAAAUAAACAAGAUUAA